AUGUCCUCAGUCAACUAUACAGCCACCAACAUAGUAACAGCCCCAACAUCAACCUCCACCUCAACCCACUAUCCCGAACUCGUAGGCUGGAUCCCCGAGAACUCCGGCCGGGGCACCCUCAGCCUGCUCACCAGCUGCCUAACGACCCUCUUCCUCUGCACCUGGGUCGUAAUCCACCCGCGCGUGCACGCCUCCACGCGCCACAGCUUCUUCCACAAGGUGGCGCUCUUCCUCAAAACCCUCAUCGCACCGGAGUUUAUCGCCGUCGAGGGCCUCCAAGAAUGGGCCCCCGAGAUCAAAGACCCGCAGCACAACAACAAGCAAGCACAACCAUUCACCCUCCUCCACGCAUUUUACAUCAGCAUGCUCGUCCUGCGCUACCGCACCCCGCUAGGCGACCGAGUCCUGUGGCCCAACCAGUACGUCUGGCUACUGCAGCAGGGCCUGAUCGAGUGGAAGGACCACACCCGCUGGGGGCUGGCCGUCACGGACAUCGAGGACAAGAGUAAAGCGGAUGCAGUGGCGAAGCUGAUCGCGCUGGCGCAGCACAAGCCCAAGGAUAUCCGGUCGCCGACGGUGGUGGAGCUGCCCGUAGCGAUGACGAGCGAGCAGCGUGCGGUGUUUGAGUGUCUGGCGGUCAGUCACAAGUUCGACAACGAGGGCUUGCGCGAUCAGGUCACCUACUGGAGUAUCUGGUACUUGACACCGCGGGUGUUCGAGAAGGAGGAGAGGGAUCGGAUGAUGGCGGAGCGGGUACUCGAGACGAAGAAGAGCUCGUCGGGGUCGUCGGGGUCGUCAUCAUCCUCACUUGCAGAUCCACCAACACAUGUCGACUUUCAGACAGAAGGAAACAAAAAGGAAAUUGUGGUUGCUCACUGGGAUCCCGAUAUCUAUCGCUCCAAGCUUUGGCCGUUGCCGUGUCUCUUCGGAAUGUCGUUCGGGGCCCUGCACCUGGUGUCAUGGAAUGAUGUCUUCCCCACCACGGUGGAGUUGUGGCUGUGGCGUAUCGCGGCAUUCGUGUCCAUGGGGUCCAUGCUGGUGUUCAUGCACUUCGAGAAAGUGGUGCUCCGAUGGGAGGGGAUUGUGACUAUCGUGAGCCUGUCUUCUCCGGCGUUGUAUCUCCUGAGUCGGAUGGUGAUGAUGGGGGAAGUGUUUGCGGCGCUGAGGGCGGAGGAGCCGGCGAUCUACGAUACUUACGAGGUUUCCUCCUACUGGGUUCAUUUGUUAUGAAAGGCGCAACUGUGUAGAGAAUCAGAGAUGCGAAGCGGGCUGAGCCCUGGCUGAGAAUAGGAUUGUCUGCCAUCUUGGUUGCUGGAACCGAGGUUGAAAUUAUGCGCUCAACAAAUGAUGGAAACUCUACAUCUGCGUCCUCCAUUCGCCAAUAUGGGAACCCUC